AUGCGCUUGGGCGACGGUGCUGGUGGCUCCCCGUGGGCGGCCCCGCUGUCGGUCUGGAACCAGAGCCGGGGCCGUUUGUGGGAGGCGGGAGGCGCGGGCGAAGGGCAGGCGAAGGAGAGCAGCAACUUCAACGAGAGCAGCGACUUGUACGAGCGGGACGAAGAGCUGGCCAAGCUGGAGAUCGGCCUGCUGGCGCUGACGUUCGCCUUGGCGGUGCUGGGCAACUCCUUGGUGCUGCUGGCGCUCCACCGCACCCCGCGCAAGAAGGCGUCGCGCAUGCACCUCUUCAUCCGGCACCUCAGCCUGGCCGACCUGGCCGUGGCUUUCUUCCAGAUCCUGCCGCAGCUCUGCUGGGACGUGACGUACCGCUUCCACGGGCCCGACGGGCUGUGCCGCGUGGUGAAGCACCUGCAGGUCUUCGGCAUGUUCGCCUCGGCCUACAUGCUGGUGGUGAUGACGGCCGACCGCUACAUCGCCGUGUGCCACCCGCUCAAGACGCUCCAGCGGCCGGCCAGGCGCUCCCGCUGCAUGAUCGCGGCGGCGUGGGCGCUCAGCUUCCUGCUCAGCCUGCCGCAGUACUUCAUCUUCUCGCUCAGCGAGGUGGAGAGCGGCUCCGAGGUCUACGACUGCUGGGCGCACUUCGUCAAGCCCUGGGGGGCCCGCGCCUACGUCACCUGGAUCACCGGCGGCAUUUUCGUGGCGCCCGUCGUCGUCCUGGCCACCUGCUACGGCUUCAUCUGCCGCCACAUCUGGAGCAACCUCCGCGACAAGAUCCGGCGGCAGAGGUCGGAGGCGCCGCCGCCGCCCCCCCGAGGUGGCGCCCUCCUGGGCAAAGGGCUGCUCCACGCGCCCUGUGUCAGCAGCGUCAAGAACAUCUCGCGCGCCAAGAUCCGCACCGUCAAGAUGACCUUCGUGAUCGUCUCGGCUUACGUCGUCUGCUGGGCGCCUUUCUUCACCGUCCAGAUGUGGUCUGUCUGGGACUGGCACUGGCAAGCCUCCUGGACCGACUCCGAGGACGUUGUAAUCACAGUCACUGCCCUUUUAGCCAGCUUGAACAGUUGUUGCAAUCCAUGGAUCUACAUGUUCUUUAGUGGGCAUCUUCUGCAAGACUUCAUUCAGAGCUUUCCAUGCUGUCAAAAACUAAAACAAACACUGAACAAAGAAGAUUCUGAGAGCAUCAGCAGGCGACAGACUUCUUUCACCAAUAACAGAAGUCCAACAAACAGUUUGGAAACAUGGAGAGAAUCUCCAAAUUCAUCAAAGUCUAUGGAUUUCAUCCCUAUUUCUUCCUGAGCCAUGUAUGCGAAACUGAUGGCCCUUGAGUGCCCGAUGAACAAUUUAGCACUUUAUCUGAUCACAGCUACCAGUUAUUAAACAGCAAAUGAACUAAGAAAAUCAACAGAAAAAUGGAAGUUUAUUACUUGUGUAUGAUAAUUUUGCAUUGAUGUAAAUUAAUGCUGUAUAUUAGUCUAGAAAAAGUACAAUAUUGUGUAUUCAGUGCAGUUAAAAUUAUAUAUAUGAUAUUUUUCUAAAAUAAUAUAUAUAUAUAUAUAUAUAGUUUUUUUGUUUUCAGCACAACUGUUAUGUGGCAUGUAAGAUUAAAAGCAGAUGCUACUUAAACACA